AUGGCGAUAGAAGUAAAAGUUGAAACAUGUUUAGAAGUUCGAGUUGUUAUUGGUUUCAGCUGUCGAUUCGAAUGCUCAGAUCUUGCUAACGAAGCGCUUUUUAAAUGUGACCUGCUCUGGCGACCACGCAUCAUGAUCGCAUCUCAGACUCACAAUUUGAUGGCAAUCAUACGCUCACCUUUGGAUGACAGAGAUGACGAGUUUGUUCAACAGUGGUAA